GGCUGUACUUUCGGAAUCUCAUUCGAGCCAAGGAAGGAGGCCCUCUCUCUCUCUCCUUCGCUCUUUUUAAAGGAGCUCGUGAAAUAAAAGUGCAGAAAACAAACCGAACGAUCGCAGCAGCAGCAGGAGGAGGAGGCGGAGGUGGAGGCGUAGCUGGAGUCCGGCCGGCGCUGCGGGGCUGCGGAGUUCUGCGCUGCUCCCAUUCAUUAAGCGACCAGAGGCGGAGGAAGGUGGCCGGGAGCGCGCGUCGCCCACUCGCUCUCGCGCACAGACGCCUGCCAGCCCCCCGCGUCCCGGGCAGCAGCGCGCUGCAAAAGUUUCUGCUGGGGUCCGGCGCUCUUCCCCUUGGACUUUCGAAGGAUCUGGGGUUGCGAGAGGAGAGAAGGCGCCCACAGGGAGCAAAGUCAGCGCCGGCUGCAGCUGUACGCGGGCGGCCGAGUGUGAGGCUGCUGUCUCGGCGGGAGGCACGGGCCGCAGCCAGCGCCAUGCAAAACUACAAGUACGACAAGGCGAUCGUGCCCGAGAGUAAGAACGGCGGCGGCCCGGCGCUCAGUAGCAGCCCGCGGAAGAGCUGCAGCAAGCGCGUGCUGCUCAUCUGCCUCGACCUCUUCUGCCUGUUCAUGGCCAGCCUGCCCUUCCUCAUCAUCGAGACAAGCACCAUCAAGCCUUACCACCGAGGAUUUUACUGCAGUGACGAGAGCAUCAAGUACCCGCUGAAAACCGGGGAGACCAUCAAUGACGCUGUGCUCUGCACCGUGGGGAUCGUCAUUGCCAUCCUCGCAAUCAUCACAGGAGAAUUCUACCGGAUCUACUACCUGAAGGAGACGUCUCGGUCCACGAUUCAGAAUCCCUAUGUGGCGGCCCUCUAUAAGCAAGUGGGUUGCUUCCUCUUUGGCUGUGCCAUCAGCCAGUCCUUCACCGACAUAGCAAAAGUGUCCAUAGGGCGCCUGCGUCCCUACUUCCUCAGCAUCUGCGACCCUGAUAUCAGCCAGAUCAACUGCUCCCAGGGCUACAUUCAGAACUACCAAUGCAGAGGCCCUGACAACAAAGUUCAGGAAGCCAGGAAGUCCUUUUUCUCUGGCCACGCCUCCUUCUCCAUGUACACCAUGCUGUAUCUGGUGCUAUACCUGCAGGCCCGCUUCACCUGGAGAGGUGCCCGGCUGCUCCGGCCCCUCCUGCAGUUCACCUUGAUCAUGAUGGCCUUCUACACAGGACUGUCCCGCAUAUCUGACCACAAGCACCACCCCAGCGAUGUCCUGGCAGGGUUUGCCCAAGGAGCUCUGGUGGCUGGCUGCAUAGUAUUCUUUGUGUCGGACCUCUUCAAGACCAAGACGACACUCACCCUGCCUCCCACUGCGAUCAGGAAGGAGAUUCUCUCCCCUGUGGACAUUAUUGACAGGAACAAUCACCACAACAUGGUGUAGGUGCUGCCCGCCUCCCGUGCGGGUUCUGUAAAGUGACUGCUGACAGCAAGUUCUUGCUGCUCUCUCCAGUCUCAUCAGACAGUAGAAUGUAGGGAAAAACUUUUCGCCCAGUUGAUUUUUAAAAAGGAAAAAAAAAGUCUUACUUUGUGGCCUUCCAAAAUAGGUAGUGUUCACCUAUGUGGAAACGACAGCAGACUAACACCGAGUGCCAGAGUCGCGGAUGUGCAAUGGGGCUAAGUGUUCAUGUUCUAGUGAACACAGGCUUGUUCAGGAGCAAACAGUAGCACAAUGUGAGCAGAGGCUGCUGGGCUCCUUUGUGAUCUGGGACCCCCCGAGGCCUGUGAGAAAAGCGCAAAUUCACAUGGCAGCACACGGAGCCCGAUCACAGUGAGGGCCGUGGAACUCCCCUCUCCCAGCCCUCUGGCCAUCGCACUCGACUCCCAGCUGUGGACUUUGGUGCAGGAAGUUUUGUUUUGGGUUUUAAACACAAGGAAUGAGCAAGUUUGCUUGGUCCAGGGAUCAGACCCCAAAUCCAAAUCCCCAGUCCUGAGACUGUCAUCACCUCCCCAGGCCACAGUCCCUCACAUUAGAGAUUAGGAGACUCUUUGUGGAAGAGUGAACUUCACAAAUAGCGCAGUGUCAGAAGAGAUGGAGGGUGUGGGCCCUCGUGUGUCUUCUUUGACUCGGCAUCCUGUGAUGUGAAAAUGUCCCACUCAGGAUGCCACUGUGUGAAUGCGCAAAUCACCAGGCACUUGCAUACUUAGGAAUGGCCAGACUUUGGUUCCUGUGUCUCCCUUGAAAUCACUGCUGUGUGCCUGCCGAGACUUCCUGUGAGGGUCCAGAGAUGAGCAAAGGCAUAGUCUGGUUUCUGUGCAAGAGACAGGGGAGCGGGGUGGGACAGAGUGAAAAGCGAACCACGCUUUUUGGCUACUGGAAGCCAGAAGGGGCCAGAAUAGCAGAUGGUCUCAGGCCUGAGAGGCUGCCCGUCAGCGUAAAGGAGUGGAGAGUGUCUUGGUGGGAGAUGCUCUUGCUAAGCUGUGUAAAGCACUAUUGUCUUGGGGUUGACCCCUAGGGCAGUUCUUGGUAGGUUCUGCUGGGCAGAACACAUGGGUUAAGUCUUCGUGGGGAGAGCUUUCCUCAUCCUCUAUCCACAAGUGUCCUUCCAAGAGAGGUCCCACUCCAGGCAGUAGGCAGGGACCCCUUCUACUGAACCUCUGAGGAAAGAAGAAAGGAAGAAAUGCUUUUCAGCCUUGGAUGCAAACCUUUCAAAGGGCUACACAUAACCAUAUGAGUCAACCACAUGCACAUCCUUACUACAGAGUCCGUCCUUUCAUUUCAACGUAUAGCGAGCUAUGAUUUUUAUAUAUAAAUAUUAUAUAAAUAAUGUAUAAAACAUUAAAAGUUAACUAUGUAAAAUAUUAUUUCUGAAACAAUUUUAGCUUUAUCCACUAUGAUUAUAAACUGUGUCUCGACCUGUGUUAUUUACUUUAGCUGCUUAAAAAAGCAUUGAGUUAAUUUUUUUAAUCUCAACUAAAAUAUUGUAGCUCUGUGGUAGCCAUUGUUUUACAAUGAGAGAAAUAACUGCAACUAGAGAAAAUUGUAUAAAAAACAUUAAAUUGUCAGUAUUUUUGUAAGAUUCCAUUUUGUAAAGAGAAUAAUAUUCAAAGACUUUUGUAGCAUACAAAGUGAAAACUUGUAUCUGCGAAACUAUACUUGUAUUAAAUGUGCUUUUUAAAUAAAAGCUCAUAACACAACUAAGUAAAUCA